AGCAAACACAGCUUUUACCCAUUACGCCUGCAAAAAGCUCCAUUGGCCCUUAUUCGUCGUCCACGCACUCAAUCUGAUCUUAUCUCUUGCAUACCAUGCGGCAAUUCGUGCUGUAUUACGCGCUCGCGCUGUGCACUGCCACCCAGCCAGGCAAGCCUGCAGCACCGCCCAAAUUCAUCUACGCGACGAAGAAUGAAGUAAAACAACAGCUGGCAGCCGCCAAGCGACGCCUCGACGCGAAUGCAACAGAUGUCCGCGCGAAACACGCCGUCGCGAAAAUCCUGCGCGCGCUCGGUGACAUCGAUGGCGACGCAACGGCGCGCAACGUGGGCUUUGAGAACGCCACGGCGGCCUGGGCGCGCGCCGCGCACGUCGACGUCGAAGGCGCGGUCCACUACGCCUUACGGCGAGGCGACCACGCGGAAGCACAACGGUUGAUCGGCGAACGACUUCGUGAAGUCCCGGACUGCCAGAUAGCGCUCGAGUUGAGGGCGCUGGAGCGCCGCGCAUUUGGCGACAAUGCCGCGGCAUCAAAAUUCUACGACGAAGCCGCGGAACGUGCGACGGGCGCCGCGAGGAACCCCGCGCUGCUCCGGUCAGCGCUGGGCCGCGCGGCGAACGGCGACGUCGAGGGCGCGCAGCGCGUCUUCGAGGACCUUUGUCAAGGAAGCGACGACGCGGAGGCCUGGCGCGAAUACGGUUUCUUCCUCGACGAGCGCAUGGGAGAUCGAGCAAGGGCGGUCGCGGCCCUGAAGCGGGCCGUGCGGCUGGACCCGAGCGAAGGGCAAGCUAGAGCGCAGCUGGCGAAAUGGGGAGCUUUGGAUGAUGAGACCGAUCGGACCGCGCGCCUCGACGACGCGUACGUCGGGGGUUUAUUUGAUCAGUUCGCGGCUUCAUUUGAUGAGACGCUGGUCGAGAAGCUCGGGUAUCGGGGGCAUCUGCAGUGCGCGGCGGUGCUCUCAAAGGCGCUCGAAGACGUCGAACUGAACGCCGAUGUUAGUGUAGUCGAUCUAGGCGCGGGCACGGGCCUCUGCGGCGCGCCUUUGAGAAAAGUCCUCGCCCCGAAGACGCCGCACAUCACAGCGGUCGACCUGUCGACGCGCAUGCUCGAGCGCUGCGCGGAGCGCGGCGACCACGACGCCGUUGUCGAGGGCGAGGCCGUCGACCAUUUGCGGCGACUGCCGGCUGAUAGCGUGGAUAUCAUUGUUGCUGCUGAUGUGCUUGCGUAUAUUGGCGACUGUGCCGAGUUAUUUGGCGAAGCUCACCGGGUCCUGCGAGCACAUGGUCGGUUGGUGUUCACGCUCGAGGAGGGCGACGCCGGCUUCGGCCUGGGGCCGGGCGGGCGCUUCGUCCACUCGGAGGCGUAUUUGUACGACGCGGCGGCCGCGGCGGGGCUGCGCGUCGUGGCCCUGGACCGGGGGCCGAUGCGUUCUCAAGGAGGAGCUCCUGUGGUCGCGCUGAUCGCGGCGUUGGGGCCUGUUUCGUAAACGUGUUUGUGUUGUACCUUAUCUUAUUGUUACGGUGCUAGGGCUAGUCUGACGUCAGUUGUUGGGCGUUAGUGCCUCGUAGCGCGGGUUCCAGUACUCGGUAACUUUCCAGAACAGCUCGUUCGGGAAGGUCGGCGCGAAGAGGAGCGCGAUUUCGCGCGGCGUUGUUCUGCGCGUCUGCGCUUUCCUCUCUCGUGCACGGCCGCGCGCUAUCAGUGACCGGAGGCGGAGGAGCUCCUUCGGCGGCGCGCGAACGUAGCCCUUCCAGGUUGACCCGGCGGCUCGAUACGGCGGCGAGCACGGCGGAGUCGAGCACUGGGUCGACGGCGAUCACACGCUGCCGUCGCAAGCAGUGCAUAAAUCAAAUUGUCGCACCCGACUCACUGGUUGAUUUGUGCACAGGUCGCAAGACGUCGAGGCUCACUUCAGCGCGCGGCCGGCGGACGCGUCGCGUCUACGGCUGGCGAACUCGCGCAUGUUCGGCACGAACGGCGCCUACGCGUCCGUGCGCGCGCGCAUCGGCGACACGAGACGCAUUCUUGAUUUACGGACAUCUGGGGAAGCGGCCGAGUGGUGCGGCGCGCACAUCGCCUCCACGCGGAGGCGCAUGGAUCGGGCGUCGACCGUCGCGCCGUCGUCGCGGGCCUCGACGGUCGAGACGAUCGAGACGCAGGACUCGACGACCGAGGCGCACUGA